AUGAAGGACGAAAAAGCCGAGACAACGUCCAUCGACGGCUCAACACCAGCGGCGAGUAGUCGGGAAAUCUACACAGUCAUCGAUGACAAGCAGUCAACUCACCAAACAACCAGCGAUAUCGAGAGUGGAGUCGGUCCAGACGAAGAAGGACAAACUUUUGAGGAAACAGAUGAGACGGCUCGUGAUCCCAACAUUGUCGACUGGGAUGGACCCGACGACCCGGAGAAUCCACUCAACUGGACAACAAAGAGAAAAGCCAUGGCCACCGUCUCUAUCGCGCUGAUCACAUUACUGACUCCUCUUGGUUCGUCAAUGUUUGCGCCUGGCGUUUCACAAGUGGUCCAUGAUUUCCAUGUGAACAGCGUCGAGCUCUCGUCGUUUGUGGUGUCCGUAUACUUGCUCGGUUACUGCUUUGGUCCACUACUGAUUGCGCCCGUGUCGGAAAUCGUCGGUCGCCGUGUCGUCUACAAUUCCUGCAAUUUUCUCUAUGUCGUGUUCACUAUCACAUGCGCUGUUGCACCCAAUAUGGGCAGCCUCACCUUUUUCCGAUUUCUGGCAGGGUUCGCGGGCAGUUGUCCACUGACGAUUGGGGCCGGAUCCAUCGCAGACAUGUACGUGCAGGAACAUCGAGGCGGAGCCAUGGCCGCAUGGGCGCUGGGCCCUUUGAUCGGCCCCGUCGCUGGACCGGUGGCCGGUGGUUAUCUCUCCCAGGCCAAGGGCUGGCGAUGGACCUUCUGGGUGCUAGCGAUGGCCAGCGGACUCAUCUUUGUGCUUUCCCUCUUCACCAUCCGUGAAUCCUAUGCGCCGACACUGCUCGCGGCCAAGACGAAGAAACUUCAAAAAGAGACGGGCAACCAGAACCUGCGCUCGGUCUACGAUACCGGCCGUAAACCGAUGGAUCUGUUCAUGUUCUCGAUUGUGCGGCCGACAAAGAUGCUGUUCCUGUCGCCCAUCGUCUUUCUGCUCUCGCUCUACGUGGGGAUCAUCUACGGAUAUUUGUACCUUCUCUUUACGACCAUCAGUGCUGUUUUUGAGGGCCAGUAUGGUUGGUCUCAAGGCUCAGUCGGACUCUCAUAUCUCGGAAUCGGAAUUGGAUCCUUUAUCGGUCUUUUCAUCCUUGGUGGCACAUCUGACAAGUUACUCCACCAUCUCGCAGUGAAGAAAGGAGGGAUGAAACCCGAGUAUCGACUCCCGCCGAUGAUCCCAGGCUCAGUUUUUGUGCCGAUCUCUCUGUUCAUCUAUGGCUGGAGUGCCUAUUAUAAGACUCACUGGAUCGUUCCCAUCAUCGGAACAUCUUUUCUCGGAAUUGGCAUGCUUAUCUCUUUUAUGGUCGUCAGCACUUAUCUUGUAGAUGCCUUCACCACCUAUGCUGCUUCUGCCAUGGCUGCCAACACCGUGUUCCGAUCACUAGCCGGUGCACUCCUCCCUCUCGCCGGCCCCAAAAUGUACGAGCGACUCGGCCUUGGUUGGGGGAACUCCCUGCUUGGCUUCAUUUCCUUGGCCAUGUGCCCGCUGCCAAUCCUCUUUUACAUAUAUGGCGAGCGUAUCCGAACCAGCAAGCGGUUCCAAGUGGACUUUUGA